AUGGCAGUGAUGGGAAUUACAUGCCAAAGGAGCUCCUGAGGCAGCUGUCAAGCACAAGAGGAGCUCACGGCGACCGAGGGGCUGAAGGAGACAGUGAGUGAGAAGCAGAGCAGUGUUUGCAAGGUAGAGGAUUCAAAGAAGGCCAUCUUUGACAGCCAGUGGAAAAUCCUGAAUGAUGUAAUCACCAAAGGAACAGCAAAAGAAGAAACAGAAGGAGGCUGUGCAUCCAUUUCUAUCAUUGCCCAGGCAGAAUGUGAAAACAGUCAGGAGUUCAGCCCCACUUUAUCAGAGAGAUCCUUUAUUGCCCACAGCAAACGUUACAGCAGCCGCUCGGACAGUCUCGACCAGAUCCCCAACAAUGUGGCCCACGCCACCGAGGCACUGGCCCCCACCUGCUGGAGGGGGAGGCACAGGGGCAGGGCCAGGAAGAAAAGGCACAAGAAGAGAUCCAAGCUGAAAGGACAACCUGCCACUGCUGGCAGGAGAAGUCCCAGAACUCCAGAACAGGAGAGCUGCACCCCCAUUCCCGUCCAGGAGGAUGAAUCACACCAAAGUGCUCUUUACGGAAACAGUUUUUGGGCUUCAGAAUUUAACAAGGACUCAGUUUAUGAUCCGCUGCCUUUUGAGAAACCUGACAGAGUUCUGUCCACGGGCAAACCCCAUUCCCCAAGGAGCCACUACAAAACUGAACUGCACAAGCUCAUCAGCCCCAUUCAGUGCCUUAAUCAUGUUUGGAAACAGAGGGACACUGUCCCCCAGCCUGAAACUCUCCAUCCAUUUCCCUACAACAUCCUGCCCCCCCAUUUCCCCCACCUGGACAGUCCUCUCCCUGCCAUGAAGCGGAAUGCUCUGGAGUCCUACUUCCAUGGGGACCUCAACUACCAGGACAGUCGCCUCUCUGGCCUAAACUUAGAAUACACUUUCCCCAAAUGCAUCAACCAGUCCGUGAAAACCAGCUCAGACAAACUUCUGUGGAGGAAAUUGGUAGAUGCCUUGAAGGGCAGUGUGAGUUUUGGUGAACCCCAGAAUUUAGCCAGCCUGGCCAAGACCUGGAGAGGAGGUGGGCUGGACCCCGAGGAGCAGUUCCAUGAAGAAAGUGCCAGUGAAGGCGUGCUGCUGAACGAGAAACUGAAGCCAGUGGAUUAUGAGUACAGAGAAGAGGUUCAUUGGACCAAAUGCCACGGUUCCUUGGGCAUUGGCUCCUUUGGAGAAGUGUACAAGAUAGAGGACAAACAGACAGGAUUCCAGUGUGCUGCCAAAAAGGUCCAGGUGGAACAUUUCCGGGCGGAGGAGCUGACGACGUGCGCGGCGGUGACGAGCCCCAGCGUUGUCCCCCUGUACGGGGCUGUGAAGGAGGGCCCCUGGGUCACCAUCUUCAUGAAGCUGAUGGAGGGUGGCUCGUUAGGGCAGCUCAUUAAGCAGAGUGGCUGCCUGCCAGAGGACAGAGCCCUCAGCUACCUGGGCCAGGUGUUAGAGGGCCUGGAGUAUCUUCAUGCUCAAAACAUUCUCCACGGAGAUGUCAAAGCAGAGAAUGUGCUGCUGUCUGAUGAUGGGAGCAGAGCCCUCCUGUGUGACUUUGGACACUCUGCUCACCUUCACCCUGAUGGGCUGGGGAAGUGCCUGGUCACAGGGAACUACGUGCCGGGCACAGAGACCCACAUGGCCCCAGAGGUGGUGAUGGGCAAGCGCUGUGGCUCCAAGGUGGACGUGUGGAGCAGCUGCUGUAUGAUGCUGCACAUGCUCAACGGGUGCCACCCCUGGACCCAGUACUACAACCACCCCCUCUGCCUGAAGAUCGCUAAAGAGCCGCCUCCUCUGAGGGAAAUUCCACCUUCCUGCAACCCUCUCACUGCUGAGAUUAUUAAGCUGGGGCUGGAGAAGGAGCCUCUCCAGAGGGCAUCUGCAGCAGAGCUCAAAACUAAGACCAGCGUGGCACUUGAGGAAGUGGGAGGUGUGAGAAGCCCCUGGAAAGGCGAAUACAGAGAGCCCAGACAUUUAUCUCUGAACAAAGAAAACAACCCCCAGACAUCCCUGUCCCCCACGGUGAGCCCAGUUUCUGAGACUGGCUCUGGCCCAAAAUUGUCAGUCAAAGUUUCCUGUGCCAGCCCAGUCCUGCCACCACCAUCCCUGGAGCAAACAGAGGAGGUCGAGGGAACCCGUUGGAAUGAGGACAAGGAAUCACCUGAGACCUGGGAUCCCCCACCUCUCUGCUCAACUCCUGUGCCCCUGAGGAGCUGCAGCCACGUGGAGAGAGCCACAACCAUUUCAGAACAGGAGCUUCAGCAGCUGGAGAUUGAACUGUUUCUGAACAGCCUUUCCCAGCCUUACUCCCUGGAAGAGCAGGAGCAAAUGCUCUCCUGUCUGAGCAUCGACAGCCCCUUUGUGUCGGACGCCAGUGAGAGGAACUCCAUGAAGGCUUCUCAGAGCUUGAGGGACACUAUGAGCUCUGGGAUUCAUUCCUGGAACAGCCAGGCAGACGGGCAGAGCUUCAGCUGGAACAACCUGCUGAGCCGCAGCCGGCACACGGACACCCCCAGCUACUUCAACGGAGUGAAAAUCCAGAUCCAGUUGCUCAGUGGAGAAAAUUUACACAUCAGGGAUUUCCACAGGAAAAAGGUGGGAGACAUUGCCACGGGGAUAAGCAGCCAGAUCCCAGUCCCUGCCUUCAGCCUGGUCACCAAGGAGGGGCACCCAGUGCACUAUGACAUGGAGGUGCCCGACUCUGGCAUCGACCUGCAGUGCACCCUGGCCCCCGACUGCAGCGUCGGCUGGACCUGGCGCGUCAAGCACGGCCAGCUGGAGAACAGGCCCUGAGGCCCUGCCUGGCUUUGGAGGUUUUUACCUCGUGGAAAGAAGGAAUUACAAAAGCUUCCAACCUCCCCUGCCGUGCUGGAGCACCAAGUGCAGUGGCUGGCGUUUGUGCUGCGGCGGGACGGCGGCUCCACUGCGCUCGGGCCUCGCUCGUGUCGUCCUUCUGACCCGGUCCCAAGGCAUGUCCUGAGCUCAGAUGUUCCCCAGGACGGUGGGAAUUACUUGUUUUGGGUGUGAGUGAUAGAGCUGGAGGAUGGUGGGUGGAAAUUCCUGCUUUUUGGAGGAAUGUGGUUGUGCUUUCCAGGAGAGCAGGGGGGUUGGGUGAGAACUGUGGCUCAGCCUCAGGGGUGAGGCCAGAGCUGCUGGGCUCGCCCAGGGGAGGAGUUUGGGUGCCCUCAGUGCAGCUGGGGGUUGGUUGUGCUGAGAGGAGCUGCCUGACUUCCUUCCAGAUGGAGGAAAAAACACUUCUGUAGGGCUUUGGGGAGCAUCAUCUCCACCUCCAGCCUAUUGCACGGGGAGAAUCGACAGCAGGAACUGGCUGGUUCUUGGUCUCACCUCCCACCCUUCCCCGCAGAUCAUUUCCUUCUUGAAUCAGAAAAGAACUUUGUUCCCAGAAGGAGCUUUGCUUGCAGCUCCCACUUGCAGGUCUUGGAGGAGCUGGUGCUCUCUCUGGUGUCUCUGGCAGACAGGGCAGGAGGAGGGUAUGGAAUUCCUUGCUGGGAAGAUGGAGGGGCUGUUCCUCCAUCCUGUUCCCACUGUUCAGGUGGGACUUCAGGUGACCUGUCCCAUCCAGGCAGCUCCCCAGGAAGGGGAGGGGAUGGUAGCUCUGUCAGCUCUGACAGGGCUGAAUUUUGCUGCAGAGUUUAUAUAAAUCUCCCUCCCAGCUGCCAGGGCUGAGCCCAGUGCCCCAGUUCUGUUGGCCCAGCCUGGCCUCACGAGGCUUCCCAUCCUCCCCUCCCUUCCAGCUGGUUCAUGGAGUGGGAUGGGUAGCUGGGCCUGCAAUGCCUUAAGCUUUUUUUUUUUUUUUACUGAUUUGUGAAUGUUUCGAACAUCCUGAAACCUCACAGGUGAAAUUCAGGUGUGUGGGUGUUGUUCACCCUUCCCCAGCCCAGAACAAAGCCAGAGGGAGGUGUGAGCCCUGAGUGUGCUUGUUCAGGACUGCUCCAAGACCUGGCACACCUGGAAAUCACAGCCCCUCGUGGUGGCUGUGGCUCUUCCAGAGCUCUGGAACUGCAGUGGCCUCCAAGCAGGGGCUCUGCAUCCAAGCUGAGCAGAGAAACGGCUCCUGAAAAACAAGGUGGGCCCUCUGGAUCCAUGGACGUCUGGGGGACACAGUGGGGCAGGAAUGCUGGCAGUUUUCCCAAGCUGAAGUUCACUUGGAAAGUGACUGGGGAAAGUUAAACUCUGGGCCUCCUUUUUGAGGACCAGCACUCAUUAAACAAGGGAUGCUCUUCCCUUUGAUCUCCCAGAACAUGGGCUGGUUUUGCCACACCAGGCAGUGACAUCCUUAAUCAGAAAACUCCAGUUGUUGAUGUAAUAAAAAAGUGGAGCUCUUGGAGAAAAUUGAAACCUGUCACCACUCUGGGUAUAUUUUUAUAGCACUUUUUGUUCUAAAGCACUUAAUAUGUUGUCCAAAAUAGGCACCUAAUUAUAUCUGCAAUGCCACGUUCAGAGGCUUUUUAGUAAGUAAUUAACACAUUACACACAUGUCUUCCAGGAGGGAGUGGGGGAAUGGGUAGGUUGGCUCAAUUCCUUUUGAGAUGCCAUAAACUACUCAGAAUUUAAGCUCUGGAGCAGGAGGGAGCAAAGUGCCUCUUCCAGGGUUCCCAGGAGCUCCCAAGCACGUGCCUGGCUUCCUCUGAGAGGGAAAACCUCUUGGUUGUUUCUGAGAAGCCUGUGGUGAUGUGUCCCUCCAAAAGCAGGGUGGGUUCCCUCCCAAAGGCUGCACCUCGUGCUCCUGGUGCCUGGGAGGUGCCCCCAUGCCCAGGGGUGUGGGAGCAGCAGGACUGGCUGCAGGACUCUGCCCUUCACCCUCAGCAUUAACCUGAACUCAGGCCACCUGCACGAGGGGUGGGAGGGCAGGAAACCCCCCCGGUGUCCCUGUGGGUCCGUGGAGAUGCCCCUUUCCCCAGCUCCGUGGGGGGGUGUGUUCUGCACCCUCACCCCAGCAUUACCCAGGAUCUCCAGCCUCUCUGUCCUGUGCAGAGCCCUCAGUCCUGUUCUGCUGCCACCACCAGCAGUGAGUGAGGCUGCAGGUCCCCAGUCCCAGGGUGGGGGGUGGUGGCAGCUGUCCCUGCCCAGAGUCAGCUGUCACCCACCUGGGGGACACUGGUGCCAUCCCACUGCCCCGAGCUGGGCUUCUCCCCCAGGGAGGGUCUCCAGGUUGUGGUUCCAACCAGCCUGAGAUCCCUCAGCUCUGUCCCCUUGGCUUCCCGUGACAGGCAGAGCCAACCCGUGUUCCAACCGAGUUCUGUGCAAUACUGACAGGAGAGAGCCAGGGGAAGCUUUUCCUCAAAAUUUGGCUGGAACUUGGUGAGGUUUCAUAACGAGUGUUUAGGACAGAACCCCAGCUCGGGGCGGGGAGGACGAGCAGCAGUGGGAGUGAUAAACACAGAUGGCUCCUGUCGUGCAGCUCCUUCCGAAAGUCUGGAAAAAAUCGCUGUUGGUGAGGGAAGAUGGAGCUGAGGAGCAGUUUGGGAUGGGCAGUGCUGGUGUGGGGGAAGGUGCCGGAAUGAGGAGCUUGUGUGGAAUGAAUGACACUUUAUAAAACUGUGAUUUCUUGACCUGCAUUUUCACAGGGAAAAAAAAAAUAAAGCUAAAAA